AUGAUGAUCCCGUGGGGCGGGGUGGGGUGUUGCCUCAGCGCUGCGGCGCUGUAUCUCCUCGGCAGGAGCAGCGGAAGGGAUGCGGAGGUGCUGCGGUCGGUGGCGAGGGCUGGCAGCAUGAAGGAUUUAGCUGCUAUCUUGGACACUGCAAGUAAAGUCCUACCACUUGUAGUUGCUGUCUCUGGGAGAGUUGGUUCAGACACACCACUUAUAUGCCAACAAAGCGGCAUGAGAGGUGUAAUCGUUGAGGAAACGGCAGAACAACACUUCCUGAAGCACAACGAUGCUGGAUCCUGGAUUCAAGAUUCUGCGGUGAUGCUUUCUGUUAGCAAAGAGGUUCCAUGGUAUCUGGAUGAUGGAACUGGACGCGCAUAUGUGGUCGGUGCUCGUUCUGCAGCUGGUUUAAUUUUAACUGUUGCUAGUGAGGUUUUUGAGGAGUCGGGGAGGACUCUUGUACGUGGAACUCUAGAUUAUUUACAAGGGUUGAAGAUGCUGGGAGUAAAGCGAACUGAAAGGGUUCUUCCAACCGGAACCUCAUUGACAGUUGUUGGUGAGGCUAUUAAAGAUGAUGUUGGAACUAUUCGAAUUCAGCGACCACAUAAAGGACCCUUUUAUGUAUCACCAAAAAGCAUUGAUCAACUUAUUAUGAAUCUUGGAAAAUGGGCCAAGUUAUACCGCCUUGCUUCAAUGGGCUUUGCAACAUUUGGUGUCUUCCUUCUUGCAAAGCGUGCAAUACAACAUUUUCUAGAAAGAAAGCGCCGACAUGAACUGCAAAAAAGGGUUCUUAAUGCAGCAGCACAAAGGCAAGCUAGAGAAGCUGAAGGGAGCAAUGGUUCAUUGGACACAGAGCCUAACAGUAAAAAAGACCAAUUAGUGUUGGACAUAUGUGUCAUAUGCCUUGAGCAAGAGUACAAUGCUGUUUUUGUGCCACGUGCAAUAAGGUAUAACACUAGGCUGACUUUCAGUGAACGAAAUUAUGAACUGGGUGGUUAUUGCCUUUUGGCCGGGCUAGAGAUGAAUCACAGUCAAGGCCCUAGAAUUGUUCGUGGCAGAGGUAGAAAUAAAAGGAUGUGGACAGCAGAUGAAGACGACGAGCUUGUCAAAGCCUUGUGUGAGGACCAUCCUAGAGCCAAGGGUCUGUAUGGUGUCCCAUUUGUAUAUUUUGAUACAUUUGGUGCAAUAUAUGGCAAGGACAGAUCUGCUGGAGAAGGGUUAGAAGGGUCUGAAGAUGCAAUUGCUAACAUGGAGAAUGAAAAUACAAACGAAGUUGGAGAUGACGAAGUGGAGGAGGACAGGAUGUCCACAGGAAUAUCUGGUCGCUCCUUGGCCGCAACAUUAAGCUCUAAGAGUCAGAAGAAGUACACGCAUGACGGGAAAAGGAAUAGGACUGAAUCAAAUUGCCCAUCUCUGGACAAGUUCAAGGAUGUACAUGUUCAGUUUCAGAAUGCCAUUCAGCAUGCCAGCACGAUGGCUGCUGCAAUGGAGCUGUUCAAGGAUGUACAUGAUCACUUUCAAAGUGUCGUUCAGCAUGCUGGUGCUAUGGCAGCAGCAAUGGAGCUGUUCAAUGAUGCACACAGUCGUUUUCAGAGUAUUGUUCAGCAUGUCAACACCUCGACAACAGUAAUUGAACAGUUCAAGGACGCUCUUGAUCAUUUUCAAAGUAUUACGCAGAAUGGCAAGGUGAUAGCAACUGUGGAGUAUGAUACUGAAAUGCAAGAGAAGUCAAUGUGUGAAGAGCCCCAGAGGAAGGCCAAAGUAACAGCCAUCGCUGAAGUACUGAAGCUUGGGUUUAGUGGAACUGAAGUGGUAACCACCGCAAGCAUUUUCGCAAAGGAACCAAACCAAAUGGACAUGUUUCUAGCACUGCCAGAAAUCUAUAAGAAGGAUUACAUACUCCAGAUGCUCAGUGGUAUGCCAUGUGAUCCUCUGAUCCUUUAUACAAUGCAUCUCACUUCAUUUAAGGCUGUAAAGGUCAUUUAG